GGUUGUCAUGUUACCGUCCCCAAACGACGCCACAUGGGUGGCAGGAAAAGCAGUCGAAGCCGUGGUGCGGUCACAGCGGUCUCCUGCAGCAUGGACAGCGACGAUGAAAAUGUAGAAGAGGUUGUAGAAGGUCCAUUGGAUGAAGAUGGUCAGCCCCAUGGUUUCUGCACUGUGACCUACUCGUCCAGUGAUCGCUUUGAAGGACAUUUCACCCAUGGAGAGAAAAAUGGCAAGGGCAAGUUCUUCUUCUUUGAUGGAAGCACUUUAGAGGGGUUCUAUGUAGAUGAUGCUCUGCAGGGCCAAGGAGUGUACACCUACGAAGAUGGGGGCGUCCUCAACGGGACAUAUGUGGACGGAGAGCUUAAUGGGCCUGCUCAGGAGUUCGAUGGCGAGGGUCACCUGGUGUUCAAGGGCCAGUACAAAGACAACAACCGCUGUGGGGAAUGCUGGGUCUACUACCCUGACAGAGGCUGUGUGUUUGGGGAGGUAAACGAGGACGGGGAACUGACUGGUGACUCUGUAGCGUAUAUCUACCCUGACGGUCGAACGGCUCUAUAUGGAAGCUUUGUGGAUGGGGAGCUCAUUGAGGCCCAACUUGCUGCUGUCAUCUCCAACCAGACUGGGAGACCACGCUUCGAAAUCAGCCCCAAUAGUCCUGUGUACUCGUAUGACAAAUCCACAUCCACCUGUAUCGCCACCCAUACUCUGCUUCCAGAUCCUUAUGAGAGCCAAAGAGUGUUUGUGGCAGACUCUACAAUCAGAGGAGCAGGACAGGGACUUUUCGCCAAGACAGAUGCUGAGGCCAACACUGUGAUGGCUUUUUACAAUGGAGUACGCAUCACCCACUCUGAGGUGGACAGCAGGGACUGGGCACUGAAUGGAAACACAAUUUCACUCGAUGAGGAUACCGUGAUUGACGUCCCUCAGCCAUUUGACCAGGCGGACAGAUACUGCGCGUCUCUGGGUCAUAAAGCAAACCACUCUUUCAUCCCCAACUGCAAAUAUGACCCGUUUGUCCAUCCUCGUUUUGGGCCAAUCAAGUGCAUCCGAACCUUGAGGGCUGUGCAAAAAGAUGAGGAGCUAACGGUCGCCUACGGUUACGAUCACCAGCCAACUGGAAAAAAUGGCCCGGAGGCUCCUGAUUGGUACAAGCGAGAGCUAGAGGCGUUUGAGCAGAGAGGAGGGGCUCCUACUGGACAGUGAGAUUGCAGAUGAAUACCUCUGGACGUUCCCCUCUACCUGUGCUACCACCUUACAAGACUGCUGGAGCAUUGUGGCAAUUGAUAUUAGAGAAAUAUUUGCAAAGUUACCAAGUUUAGUAUUCAAAUGGAAUACUACUUGAGCAAUUCAGGAUGAUUGGAGGCCUCUCUCAGGCCAAAGAAACACAAGAACUAUGCAAGAAACCAAAUGAUAUUAGAGGAGACACAUCUGUGGCUGGAGGCGCCGCUCUGUCUGACAUCCUCUUCAUCACACACACCCUCAUUCAAGUCAAGAUUUCUGUGCAAUGAUGACUUCCUUCAGUUUCCACUGUCUGAAUCCUCACUCACUGUGUGCGUCUUCUAGCUGCUGUUUACCUAACAGAGCUCCCCUCCAAACACCACUAUUUGGACCCCACAGUCUUUGUGUCAUCUGUUGCAAACUGUUCAGCCCACACUUCAUUUGCACUAAUUUACGUAUCCCAAUCUAUACAUUUCAUAAAGUGUAACUUGACAGAUCUGUUUACUUGCUGUACAGGAUAAACAUCGCAGUGGCUAAUUUAUUUCUAAGAUCUGAAGUGGUUAGGUACUGCACUCCCUGAGCUUUGUAAAGGGCGUUUCUAAUCCAAGAACUUUGGGAGAAAAUAAUGGAAUGUCUGCCAUUACUCACCUGUGAGCUUGUUUCACUUUUCUAACCAAACUAUCUGUGUGCAUAUGCUCUCGGAAAUAAAAGUACAAGGUAAGGAAACCCA